AAAAUCAUAAUCGGGUCGAGAAAUAAAGUGAACAACGAUAAGGCCGUUAACGAAAUAAGACGUCGUAAUCCCGGCGCUAAUAUAACGGCUCUAACACUGGACUUAUCGUCCCUUAAGUCUGUUCGCGAGUUCGCCCAACAAAUCGCCGAAAGCGAGUCCAAAGUGGAUAUACUGGUCAACAACGCCGGCGUUCCCGUAGUUCUCGGGCCGCCACAGGAGACCGUCGACGGCUAUGAACUGCAUUUGGGGGCAAACUAUUUGGGUCACUUCCUAUUAACUAUGCAUUUGUUGCCAUUAAUGCGACGGUCUGUGAGCGCACGCGUCAUAAAUGUGAGCGCGAAUUGGCACGUGUUUAGCAAAAUACGUUUGAAUAACAUGAACCUCCGUAACGGCGCCUACACUGCGGCAAAGGCUCACUUGCAGUCCAAACUGGCACUGGUGUUGUUCACCCGAGAAAUGGCCAACCGGUUGGGUGGUCCACAUAGUAUGGUCAAGACGUACGCCAUUAACCCGGGUAUUGUCAAAACGAGACGCGUGGAUAAUAUUGUGGUCAGAUUUAUCAAGGCAUUAAUAGCUUUGCGUAUUGAGAUGGGACCGCAAACCUACCUGUACUGCGCGCUGGCUGAACAGCUCGAAAAUGAGUCGGGGCAUUAUUAUGAUAACUGUCGACGAGUGCGACGAAUGCCCGGUAAUGCCGUCGACGAUCAAACGGCUCACGAUUUGUGGGAAUUGAGCGCAGAUUUCGUGAAACUCGAGCCUCAGUACAAGAUUUGA